GGGGGUGGGUUCCUUAGGGAGAGGGGCAGGGGUUGGUGGUGGUCGUCAAGAGAGGGAGAGUGAGUGAGCGUGGAGGCAGUGUGAGCCGGGAAGCAGGCGUGUGGUGGUGCUGCUGCUGGCACUCUGAUUUAAACUUCAAAAGUGCUGGUACUCGUAAAUAGGACAUGAUGAAUUGGCAUUUAGUGGUAGUAGCUCUAGUGGCUGCUGUUGUUGUCGAGGCCAGAGGACCAUUCCUUAAUAUGUUCCCUAAUCAUGGAAACUUGACUGUUCCUCCGUCUCUGUGGGAUGAUGUUGGGAGCCCUCUCUUCUUAACACCACUGCUGGAAGCUGGUAAAAUUAAGGAGGCACGGACCUUGAGCCACGUCAAGCUUGGACACCGCCAUGGACAUAGCUUCUCCGGCUUUCUAACAGUCAACAAGGCGUACGACUCCAAUCUCUUUUUCUGGUUCUUCUCAGCCAGGACUGGGUCGGCUAAUGCUCCGGUGCUGCUGUGGCUUCAAGGGGGACCUGGCGGUUCCUCACUCUUUGGCUUGUUUACUGAACACGGACCUUUCAGCAUUGAUUCCAGCUUGCAUAUGUUGCCGCGGAACUACUCCUGGAACUCAAACCAUAAUGUCCUUUACAUUGAUAAUCCAGUUGGCACAGGAUUCAGCUUUACAAAAAAUGCUGCUGGAUAUGCUAGGAACCAGACUGAUGUGGGCAGAGACCUGUAUAAUGCCCUUGUGCAGUUCUUUGUGAUGUUUCCUGAGCUGCAGCGCAAUGACUUCUACGUCACAGGAGAAUCUUAUGCAGGAAAGUAUGUUCCAGCCUUGGCUUAUACCAUUCACACGGAAAAUCCCACAGCAAAGCUGAAGAUCAAUCUUAAAGGAAUAGCAAUAGGUGAUGGUCUGUGUGAUCCACUUACAAUGGUUGAUUAUGGGGACUUCCUGUAUUAUGUUGGAUUGAUUGAUGAGAUUGAUCAAAGGUACUUCAAGCAACAGAGUCAACUGGUUGUAACUUACAUCAAUCAGCAGCAGUGGCUCGAAGCCUUCAAGGUAUUUGAUGAUCUUUUGAAUGGAGACAAAUCGGGUCAGCCAUCAUACUUCACCAAUGUAACUGGUCUUACUAACUACUACAACUAUAUUGCCAAUGGAGAGCCUAAGGAUAUGGAUUAUUGGACGCUGUUCAUCAACAAAACUACUGUACGCAAGGCCAUCCAUGUUGGAAACUUGACGUUCAAUGAUGGCUCACUGGUUGAGACAUAUCUUGAAGAAGAUAUCAUGAAGAGUGUUAAGCCAUGGAUUGAAGAGUUGCUGGAUAACUACAGAGUAUUGAUAUACAAUGGCCAGCUGGAUGUGAUCAUUGCAUAUACACUUACUGAGAACUUCCUUAACUCCUUGAAAUGGAAGAAUGCUGCCAAGUACCAAGAAGCACCACGUUUUGUGUGGCGUGUGAAUGGCACUGUUGCUGGUUAUGUGAGAGAGGUUCCUGGCUUUGCUCAAGUCCUUGUUCGCAAUGCUGGGCAUAUGAUACCUCACGACCAGCCACAGUGGGCGUUUGACAUGAUUACUCGAUUCACAUCAGUCAAAUCUUUUUCAUCUCAUUAAGCACUGAUUUAUUAAAAUUAAAGCUCAAUACAGCACUUUUGAGAUUUUAGCUUUUUUUUUUUUUUUGCAUUUGAAUUUUUAGUUCUGCAUCAAGCUGCUAGAUUUUUGUUUUGUUUUUUAAGAUGAAGUAUGCUGUUUUACCCCCAGGCAAGAGGUUGGUUCUACUAUUGGAUGCAUCUUAUAAUUAACU